AUGCAAAUCUCUAAAACUGCUCUUUUCACCAUCAUCGGGGUCUCACAAGCUGUCGCCCAGACCCCCGUACCUACCCCGAUCACGACGUUUGACCCUGACAACCUGAACCCGGGCCUGAGCGAUGAAUGCUUCAGUGUCGACUCUUCUGUGAAAGAAAGAAUGGACAUUGUUCCACCUCCUGAAGAUCCCGCUCUUUCCGAACUUGUCGUGUCCUUUGCAAUCGGGGGCCUUCACAACACGCAGGACCCUUGCGAGCUUCCUGUCGUCACUGGCUCAUUGGCUCCGGUCUUUUCAGAAUGGGCUUCGCGAUGGACAAGUAAGCAGUCCGAAUACAUAUCCGAGUAUAGGAUGAUCUGGACGGCUUGCAGUGAUGAGCCACUUGUCACAGACCUUGCACCAGUAGGCUCUGAGGUUUGCAGCGACCUUGUUGCAAAGAUUACUGGGGCCCCUUCUUACGACGAAAAGAACGAGAAAGAUGAAGAGAAAGAGAAGAAGGAGGAUGCGGAUGAGGAGAAGGCAGAGAAGAAAACCGAUGAUAAACCUGAGGUGGUCGGCGAUUCUGCAGGUGCUCGAUUAGGCGGCUCUUUUCUUGCUGGCUUUGUAGCUGUGGGUGUGGUAGCCGUUGCGUUGUAG